AUGCAACCUGACACUGAAAUAAUCGACUGCUCUGUUUCAUAUGGAAACGGUGGAUGCAUUGGGGGUGAACUUACUACUUCUUUCAACUACAUUAAAGACAACGGUAUUGAAAGCGAAAUGGGCUACCCCUACAAAGAUAUCUACGGAUCAUGUUAAGCUGUUCCUUCUAAAGUUGUCACCAAGAUCUCUGGAUAUGUCGACAUCGAAUCUGAAAACCCAGCCGAUCUUCUAGAAGCUGUUGCUACCAAAGGACCUAUAUCUGUUGGAAUUGAUGCUACGUCUGAGUUCCAACUUUACGAAUCUGGAAUCUUCAACGAUCCUGACUGCCAAGAAAUGGUUAUAGACCACGCUGUUCUUCUUGUCGGUUACGGAAGCGAGAAUGGUGAAGACUACUACAUCCUCAAAAACUCUUACGGUGCUUCAUGGGGAGAACAGGGUUAUGUCAGGAUGAUGAGAAACGGUAGGAACGUAUGUGGUAUUGCCACCAUGGCUUCAUAUCCAGUUCUUUGAAAUCCUAUGUGAGACUGUAACUUCUCUGUAUGAAUAAUAAAUAAUUAUCUACAA